UAAGCAUUGAAUCCCCUGACGGAAACUGGAAGGCAUCAUGAAGUUUCUUGUACUCGCUCUCGCUAUUGUCGCCGCACUUGCUGAGCCUGAGGAAACAGUGGAUCUGGAGUGGCUCAAUGAAAGCCUGUAUGGUGCCAACCAAGACGCCUGGAAGAGCCUCCAAGCGGACGAUGGUUCAGUUUACUACCUGGCAUGGAGCACUUAUAAUGACGAUGAAACGUGGGGCACAGACAUUACUUGCUUGAGUGUUACAGGCAUGAAUGUGAACGAAGAAGAAAAAAGUAUUGAUGCCGUAAUUAGUUUUAAAAGUAACGGCGAGGAUGCAUACCAAGUGUCGUAUGAAAAAGUGUAUGCUGUUACAACGGAGGGUUACGAGAAGGAAAACGCCAUUAUGUAUGUAACAGAAGAUGGGCAGACCUACACAGACGUCCUGGUUUAUUCUGAUGGAAAUUCAUGCGAUGUAUUCUACGUUCCUCCUAAAGACGGAUACGAGCUAUGGGCAAAAAAUCCCAGCGAAAUUGCGGAAAAUUGUCAGAGCGUAUUUGAAAAGUAUACAGCAGGUAGGAAUGUCUUGGAUGUAUUCAAAAGCGACUGCCAAUAAUAAAAAAAAUACGGCGCUUUGGAAAUGGAAGCUAUAUAUUGUCACCAUAUGCUUCAAGAGGUUGAUCGAUAUUUCAAUAUUAAUAUAUGCCUGUGUUCUUGGUUUUGUCUUUCAUGUAGUAAUUAGACACGGCCCUCGCCUGCGCUCUAAUAUAAAAUGAAAUAAAGUGUUUAACAGCAACAA